AUGGCUCAGCUUCCUCCCGGGAUUCGCUUCAUCACUUCAUUUUCACGAGAUCAGUGGUAUAGAGCCUUCAUUUUCUCCCUCACUUUCUUCUUGUAUGCCAGCUUCCAUUUAUCAAGGAAACCUAUUAGUAUAGUUAAGGGAGAGCUCCAUAAGCAUUGUGCUGUUUCACAUGAAGUUGAACUCAACUCCUUCAAAGAAAAUGCUGCUCAGAUUCAGCCUGUCAAAAAGCCAUCUAAUAUGUCUCAGUGUGGUUGGGAGCCAUUUGAUAAGAACAACUACAAACAGUUACUGGGAGCACUGGAUUACUCAUUUCUGUGUGCAUACGCAGUCGGAAUGUAUUUAAGUGGAAUAAUAGGAGAACGACUACCUAUCCGCUACUACCUGACAGUUGGGAUGCUUGCUAGUGGACUCUUCACUGCAAUGUUUGGAUUGGGUUAUUUCUAUAAUAUACAUAAUCUGUGGUUUUACAUAAUGGCCCAGAUAGCUAAUGGCUUGGUGCAAACUACAGGCUGGCCGAGUGUCGUCACGUGUAUUGGCAACUGGUUUGGAAAAGGAAGGAGAGGCUUGAUCAUGGGAGUCUGGAAUUCACACACUUCAGUGGGAAAUAUCUUGGGAUCUUUAAUUGCUGCUUAUUGGGUGUCUACGUGCUGGGGUCUCUCCUUCGUGAUGCCUGGUGUUAUCAUUGCUGUGAUGGGGAUUGUUUGUUUCCUCUUUCUUAUUGAACAUCCUAAAGAUAUCAGUUGCUCCUGCACACCAUCCAGUCAUGAUCAUGAGACCAAUAUUUCUGCAGACUUUGUAGUGAGUUCUAAAACCUUCCUGAAUGGUGCAUCUCGAUUCAGAGUCCAGACAACUUUAAAUUCUAAGGAAACCAGCAAGCCUCAGGACCCAGAAAUGCAGCAUUUGCUUCUUGAGAGUGAAAAUUGCAGCAUGUUGCUGAACUCCAGCACUGUGGUCACUGGGGAAGGUAGACAUGGGACAUCAGCUAUCAGCUUCCUUGGGGCCUUGAAGAUACCUGGAGUCAUAGAAUUCUCCUUUUGUCUUCUGUUUGCAAAGCUGGUGAGCUACACUUUCCUCUUCUGGCUUCCUCUCUAUAUCACAAACGUAGAGCACCUUGAUGCCAAAAGAGCUGGAGACCUUUCUACGCUGUUUGAUGUGGGUGGAAUCUUUGGUGGAAUUUUGGCAGGCCUGAUAUCAGACAGGCUGGAGAAGAGGGCAUCAACCUGUGGAAUGAUGUUAUUGCUUGCAGCACCCACACUGUACAUGUUCUCUGCAGUCAGUAAAAUGGGCCUUGAGGCUACUGUAGUGAUGCUGCUAAUCAGUGGUGCCCUGGUGAAUGGCCCUUACGCACUGAUCACCACUGCUGUCUCUGCUGACUUGGGUACCCAUAAAAGCCUGAAAGGGAAUGCAAGAGCCUUGUCCACAGUGACAGCGAUCAUCGAUGGAACAGGAUCUGUAGGUGCAGCUUUGGGACCUCUCUUAGCUGGCCUGAUUUCCCCAUCUGGUUGGAACAAUGUAUUUUACAUGCUGAUGGUGGCAGAUGCAUGUGCCUUGCUAUUCUUACUCCGUCUUAUUCAGAAGGAGCUUCGGUGUCACGCAGAUCAUACCCUGUGA